CUGCAAUGGUGGCAGCAGGUCCAGAGAUCAGGGAAUGCCAAGGAGGCUCAGACUGUGAGGGAAGCAACAUUGACAAAGAGCAGUGCAACACCGAGCCCUGUGCUGUGGAGGCUACAUGGAGUGGCUGGAGCAGCUGGAGUGAGUGUACGGCCAGCUGUGGGGGAGGCAGGAGGACCAGGAGCAGAACCUGCAUCGGAGGAAACACUUGUGUCGGCAGA